AUGUCGCGAGACGAAGGCGACGAAUUGCUGGCGAAAGAGUUACAGAAGCUGAUUCUUGAGGUGUCGCUAGAGCAGCUGCGAGAGCACCCACCAGUCGUGCGACAAGGGCUAUGGGGAUUCCCAACAGCUAAAAUCCGCGCGGACGAGAUCGCGGAAGCGGAUAGAGAAGUGGCGGACCUGAUCGCUGCGAUCGACGGUGUAGAUGCGACGAUGGAGACAGAGUCGCGGUUGGAUGAUGCCCAAGGGGCGGACGCCUCCUUGGGUGUAGAAAAUCAGGCGCCAAAUUCGCGUGCGACAGAUCCACAUGCGACAGAUUCUGUAGCAUCGCCGUCGCCGGCUCAAUCAACGGCGGGAUCCGCACAACCCAGGACGCCCGCGAGUGCCGAAAGAGGUUCCGCGGCCGCAAAUACCCCCUCUCCCGGUGCGCACACCCCCUCGCGCGCUGCCCUGACGCCCUCACCCUCCUCCACGUGGCUACAGUUUGGGGGGAUUUUGGGCGCGUGGAUGUCCCCCGUCUCCUCCCCGCCCCCCGAUGCGGAUGCGCCCCCCGCCGCCCCGUCCUGCGAUGCGGAGGCGCAAAACAAGGCGGGCGGUGCGGUGAAUGCAGCGCGCGGAUCCGGUGGGGAAGAGGAAUCGCCGGCGUUGCCUGGAGCGACUCAGACGUCGCAAGAGUCGCAGGCUCUGGCGACAGGACCUGCGACUGAACCUGCGAUAGGGGCGACGCCUGAAAGGUCAGACGUGGGUUUGACUGCAGGGUUGGAGGACUCGCGCGAAGGAGCAGGGGUGGAUGCGGAGGGAAGCAGAUUAGAAAAGGUAGACGAAGGAGAUGUUGACAGUUUCCCUCCUGCCUCUGCUGCUGCUGUCGCCUCUCCGCCAGGAUCUGUUGCUGUCACACCCACUGUUUUUGCCGCAACAGCAGAGCAGCUGCAGGCGGACGUGGUAGAGGUGGCUGUAGCGCAGGCGGCUGCCAGCUGGCAUGCCACGUGGACGCAGGGGGAAGAGCAGAGAGGGGAGCAGUCGAGGGAGGUGCGGACAAGAAGGGAGCGGGAGGAGGAAGGGGUGGAUGCGGGAGACGAGGCGGCGGCAGCAGCAGCUGCGUCACUGCAGCGGCACGUCUUGGAGGUCGCCCUGGAGCAAGCUGUAGCGGCUGUAGCAGCUGGAGAAGCUUCGUCUGUAGCGGCUGUAGCAGCUGGAGAAGCUUCGUCUGUAGCGGCUGUAGCAGCUGGAGGAGUUUCGUCUGUAGCGGCUGUAGCAGCUGGAGGAGUUUCGUCUGUAGCGGCUGUAGCAGCUGGAGGAGUUUCGUCUGUAGCGGCUGUAGCUGAGCGUAGCGAUGAGUGCAAGAUGAGGGACGACCUGGUUGAUACAGUCGUGGACUUGGCCCUCCAACAGGCUGCUGCCGCUGUAGCGCCGGCUGUAGCUGUGGAGAAGGAGGAGUGGGCGGCGAAGGGCGAUCUGGUGCAGGCAGUGCUGCAGACGGCUCUGGAGCAGGUGGAAGGGGACUGGCGUGGAUGGGGGGAGAGGUAUGCGGGGGAGCGGGGAGCACUGGUGGAGGAGAGGGAGGAGUGUGCGGCGAAGGGCGAUCUGGUGCAGGCGGUGCUGCAGACGGCUCUAGAGCAGGUGGAAGGCGAGUGGCGCGGAUGGGAAGAGAAGAGCGCGGGGGAGAGGCGAGAGCUGCUGGGUCGACUGGCUGAUGCGGAGCAGGCGGUGAGGACAGAGGCAGCUGGUAGGGCUGUGGCUGAAGAGGCCAGGAGGGCGGGAGAGAGGGAAGGUACGGCUGUAGCGGCGGCUGUAGCUGAGGAGAGGGAGGAGUGGGCGGCUAAGGGUGAUUUGGUGGAGGCGGUGCUGCAGACGGCGCUCCAACAGGCGGCUGCCACGUGGCAUGGGCGGGAGAGGGAGCUGCAGAGGCAGGUGCUAGAGCAGCAGCAGGCGGAGGUGAGACGAGCUGAGGAGGAGGAGGAGAAGUGGGAGCAGAGAGAGGUGGAAGGCAGGAUAGGUGGGGAAGUGAUGGUGGAAGUGAUGGUGGAAGUGAUGGGAGUGGCGAUGCAGCAGGCAGAGGAGGAGUGGCACGCGCGUGUGGCUGAUGCUCUUGCCAGGGCGGAGCAGGCAGUGGCGAGAGCAGCAGCAGCAGAGGCGCUGGUGGGGCGAGCGGAAGAGAGGGCAGAUGCCGCAGAGGCACGGGCGGGAGCAGCAGAGGCGAGGGCGGAAGCAGCAGAGAUGGGGAGGGGCGAGGCGGAGGCGAGGACGGAAGCAGCGGAAGCAGGGGCAGCGGAGCAGCAGCAGGCGCGCACAGCAGAGGCUGCUGAGCUGUGGGGCGAACUAGCUGACCGGGAAGCGGUGUGGGCCGGUGAGAGGACUCAGCUGGAGGAGAGAGUGCGAGCAGCAGAAGAGAGGGCGAGAGAGGCAGAGGAGCAGGCGAGGGCCCUGGAGGAGGAGGUGGAGCAGCUAAGGAGGAGAGUUGAAAAGGCUGAGGGAGAGAGGGACGCGCGGAAGGAAGAGGAGGGGCGGCAGGGGAAGCUGCUGGAGCAGCUGAGAGCGGCAGAGAGACAGCUGGCAGAUGGCGCUGCCAGGCUGGCAGCUAGCGACGCUCUGAUUGGCCGGCUGGAGGGAGAGGUGAGGGAGAAGGAGCGGCGGGUGGGGGAGUUGGAGGGUGAGGUGGCGGCUUUGAAUCAGGAGCUGUUUAGUGAGCGGUGUAUCUCGAGUGGGAGGGAGCAGCGGUGUAGUGCGGUGAAGGGCGAGUUGGAAGAGGUGAAGCGCGCUUGUGACAGGCGGAUUGCUGAGCUGGAAGCUGACGUGGCGGAACGGAGGGAGGUGGAGGAGGGUUUGAGAGAGAGGGUGAGGGCACUGGAGGGGGGGAGAAAGGGGAGAGCGGGGUGGGGAAGGGGGGAGAGAGGGGGGGAUAGAGGAGGGAAGGGAGGAGGGGAGAGAGGAGGGAAGGCAGAUACUGGCUCAGAGGAGUCGGUGGGAGGGGAGGGGGAGCGAGGGGAGGAGGAAGAAGAGGAGGAAGGGGAGGAGGUGGAGAGCAGGAGAGAGGAGGCGGGCAGGGCGAGGGUGGGCGUGGGCGUGGGCGGAUUCAGGUGGGGGGGAGGAGCAGGGGGAGGGGCAGGAGGUGGAGCAGGGGGAGGGGCAGGAGCACAGGCACGAGCAGGGCUGUCAAUGCUGUUAGACGAGGAGGUGUCAGGGCGGGAGCACCCGUCAGGGGAGCUUGCAGGGCGCGCGUUUGUGGUGCGGCCGGGCAGCACUGCAGGCGUGAGGCGGGUGGAGGAGUUGGAGGAGGCGCUGAGCGCCAUGCUGGCGCAGGUGGAGGCGUGGCGCGGCAAGGCAGAGCGGCGGCAGCAGGAGGCAGAGGCGCUGAGGGACGCUGUGAGGCGUGCUGCUGCUGCAGAAGAUAGGGACUGUGGCAGUGCAGGGAGAGGUGAGUCCGGUGGGGCGGGUGAAAGCGAAAUAGGUGAGUCCGGGGAAGGGGAGCCUGAGGCAGCGAGUGUGCGGGUGAAGGUCCUGCACCUGGAGCUGAUGAGCAAGAACAAGCGCAUCGCCGAGCUGGAGGGGCGCCUCAAGGUCAGCCAGGCCGCCGUGUCCCAGAUCGCCCGCAGCUACCAUGAGCUGGACGCUGCCAGAGAAGAGGCGGAUGAGUGUAAGAGGCGCUUGGAUGCUGCUAGGGACGAGGCUGAUGAGUGCAGGCAGAGGUUGGGUGAGGUGGAGGCGGAGUGGCGGGGGAAGGUGGCGGAGGUGGAGGAGGAGAAGGAGGUGUAUCGAGAGCGGAUGGUGGAGUUGCAGCAGUACUGGCGGGAGUCGAAGCGGGCUGCGGAGGAGUGGGAGGCUGCUGCGGAUGAGGAGAGGGAGAAGGUGGGGGGGCUGGAGAGGGAGGUGAGGGAGGAGAGGGAGAAGGUGAAGAGCUUGCUGCGCGCUGUGGUGGAGAAGGAGGAGCGGCUGUGUGCGUUUGCGGCUGAGAGCGAGCAGCAGAUGAGGGGGUUGAGAGAGGAGGUGGAGGAGUUGAGAGCGGUGGUGAGGGAGAAGGAGGAGGAGAUGGAGGGGGUGAGGCGGGACUGGCAGCAGGUGCUGGUUGGGUGGGAGGAGGAGGAGGAGGAGCGGAAGAGCGGGCAUGAGAGGGAGAAAGGACGGCUGGAGGAGCAGCUGGAGAGAGCGAGGGAGAGGGAAGAAGGAUUGAUAGAGGAGGUGGAGCGGGGGAGGGAGGAGGUGAGCAAGCUGAAUGUGAUUAUAACGAGUCUUGAAAAGGAGGAGGUGGUGGAGCGCGCAGCAGGGGAGAUGGAGCGAGUUUGUAAGGCGUUGGGGGAGGAGCUGGAUGCGGUGGAGAGGGAUAGGGCGUGGUGGCGGCAGGCGGGGGAUGCGCUGUGGUGUGUGGGGGACAGCAACGGGAGCAGGGACCAAGGAAAGGCAGGGGAUGACAGGGGAUGGGAAGGAGCACGUGCAGGUGGGCGGCUGGAAGAGGUAGAUGCAGCAGAGCGGUUGGAAGGGAUAGAGAGGAGUGAAAAGAGGGUGGAGAGGGAGAGGCAGGAGUGGGACGCAGCAGCUGUGGCAGCAGAAAGCCAGCAGCACCGGCUGAGUCAGCUCAGAGAAACGCUGACUCAGCGGCUGCGCUCCGUGUCGACAGCUGUCAGCCAGCUGAGGAAGCGCCGGCGCCAGCUGGCGUGCGAGGCGGCGUGCCAGCUGGCAAAGGCUGGUGACGUGGCAGGGGCGGCAGUGGGGAGUGUGGUGGGGGAGGGUGUACACGUGGCAGUGCUGGAAGAAGCCGUGAGAGGCAUGGAGGAGGCUUGGGGGGAGGAACGGGCGGCGAGGCAGGAACAGGCCUCCCAGCUUCGGCAGUACUUGGCUGAUCUGACCGAGGCUCGGAGGGCCCUGGAAGAGGCUCGGCAGGAGGCCCGGCAAGGGGUGCAGGUGCUGGUGAUGCAGUUGGCACUGGAAACAGCAGAGGAGAGACUUUUGGGGAGAGACGCUGGGGGGAUGGGUGAGAAGAUGGUGGGGAGAGGGGAGGCUGAUGGGAGGGGCGAGGGGGAAGGGAAAAAUGAGGAGAAAGAAAAGAGGGGCGGUGGUGGAUGGGAGGAGGGGAAGCGAGAGGGGACGGCGGGGUGGGAGCAAGAAGCGAGGGCGAGGGACUUGGAGUCUUUUAUUGUGGUGCAGGCACUGCAGCAGAUGGAGGAGGAGCAGGGGGCUGCGCGCGCACGCAGCAGUGCAAGGGGAGGAGGGACAGCAAAAGGGGCAGCAGGCAGGGCGAGUGCAGAAGCGUGCAGGGAGGAGGAGGAAGCCAAGGGGGCAGUGGCUGGGAAGAGGGAGGCGGCGGAGGAGGAGGUGGAUGCAGUGAGGAGAGCGCUGGGCUGCUGUGAGCUUCAGCUGCUGGUGGCACGUGAAGCACUGCUGCAGAGCGAGGGGUGGGGCGAGGCGGUGAGCAGAGAGCUGGUGAGGGAGAGGCGGAGGAGGGAGGAGGAGAGGCGGGAGGCGGAGGAGUGGAGUGAGAUGCUGGAGGAGCAACGGCGCGUGGCUGAGGCGGCCGCGGCGAGGGAGAGGGAGGAGCUGGUGGAGGAGCGGGAGGGGCUGCAGAGGGAGGUGAGUGAGGUGAAGAGGAGAGUGGGGGAGUUGGAGGAGGAGGUGGGGGUGAAGGGCGUGGAGGUGAGGAUGAAGGGCGAGGAGGUGCGGCAGUUGCAGGGAGCGGUGGGUGUGUGGAAGGAGAAGGAGAAGGUGCUUCGCGUGCAGGUGAACGGGCUGCAGGGGCAGGUGGGGGGGAUGCACGGGCAUAUCGAGGAGUUACACCGGCAGGUUGAGGAGUUGCAAGGGCAGGUGAACGGGCUGCAGGGGCAGGUUAAGGAGUUACAGGGGCAGGUGGAGGAGUGGCAAGGGGAGGCACGCCGGUUGCAGCAGCAGGUGCAGGCAGGUGAGCAGGCGAUGGUGAGGGAGCAGCAGCAUGGAGAAGAGAGAGUGAGAGCAGCGCUGCAGACACUAGAGGAGACCAGAAAUGCCGCUGCCAGCGCUGCUGCUCGUGCCGCUGCUGCCCUGGCGGAGCGGGAGAGGCAGGCGGGGGAGGAGAGGAAGCGGUGGCAGCAGGAGGUGACGCGCAUGGAAGGGGAGGUGGCGCGGGUGGGGAGGGAGGUGGAGCGGGUGAUGGGGGAGAGGGCGAGGGCGGAGAGGGAGAGGGAAGGGGAGAGGAGGAGGAGAGGGGAAGCGGAGGAGAAGCUGAAGGAGAUUGAGAGCCGCCUCAAGCUGCAACUCGCCUGGCCCUCCUCGCCUCCCCUCUUCGCCCCCUCUGCUGCUGCGGGUGCCACCACUGCUGCUGCUGCCGCUGCUGCUGCAGGUGCUGCUGCUGCUUCUGCUGCGCCUUCCCCUGCUGCGUUCUUCACAGCACAGGGGGUGGGAGGGCGAGCGCAAGGGGUGGGGGAGGUGGAGAGCGUGCAGAAGAACCUGCUGUGGGCGCUGGACCACGCAGGGGGGGUGGAGGGGGAGAGGGAGGGGAGCAGGCAGCUGGCAGCAUCCAGUGGCGCUCUGGUGCUGCAUCAGGGGGCACCUGACGAAACACCUGGAGGGGCAGGUGGAGGAGUGCCAGUGUAUACACCCAGCGGUGCCAAGACGCCAGCGUAUUUCACUCCUUCUGCAGUCACGCCUGCUACAGCUGCCACGCCAGCAGGGAACGACAGGCACGGGCAGCUACAGCCGUGGUCGCCUGCCUCUAGCGUGGCCUCUCCAGGCGACACUCCCUUCCGGCUCUUGCAAGCAGCGGAGGAGAAGUGGCGGCAGCAGCAGGAGGCGGUGGGCGUGGCGAUGGCGAACCUGGGGCGCGCGGAGAGGGAGGUGCAGCUGCUGGGCGACGAGGUGGAUGUGCUGAGUGAGCUGAUAGAGGAGGCUGCUGUGCGGCUCGCGCACCAUGCGCCCAUGCUCAGAGGACUGCCUGGGAUGCUGGAGCUGGUGGAAGCCAUGAAGGCUGCUGCUCUCAGGCGAGCGUGA